AUGUUGGCAAACCCGGUCCUCUGGGAGAAGGAGGACCAACAGGGGUCAGAGGAAGUCCAGGACAGCAGGGUCCCAGAGGGGAUGGAGGUCACGUGGGACCAGCUGGGCCGCAAGGACAGCAGGGUACCUUGGGACCUGAUGGAUCUUCAGGGUCUAGCAGGUGUCCAGGGUCCAGCAGGGCUGUUGGGGCAACCCGGCCCCCCCGGCCCCCAGGGAACUACAGGAACACAAGGACCAAAAGGCCAACUGGGCGAAGCUGGACUGCUUGGAUUCAAAGGAGAAGCUGGUUUCAAGGGAGAAAGAGGCAACCAUGGUGUUCCAGGUGCUUUGGGCCCGUUGGGAGAGGAUGGGAAGCGUGGACCUCGAGGUGAUGGUGGAUCCAUCGGGCCUCUAGGAGCUCAAGGAGAGACAGGAGCUCCAGGAAAUAGAGGUUUCCCAGGUGGAGAUGGUUUACCAGGACAUAAGGGAGCCCAGGGUGAGAGAGGACUGUCAGGGUCGACCGGCGCCAAUGGUUUAUCUGGAGAUCCAGGACGUAAUGGAGAGCCAGGUCUAACAGGAGCUCGGGGUCUGUCAGGACUUCUUGGCGCCCAGGGAUCAGAGGGAAAGCAAGGACCAAUGGGCUUAGCAGGAGACGAUGGUAAACAAGGCCCAGCUGGUUCUACGGGGAACCGAGGGUCAUCUGGACCGAUGGGCCUGCUGGGACCGAAAGGCUUCGCUGGUGAUGCUGGGAAGAUUGGAGAGGCCGGCAGCUCCGGGUCUCCAGGUCAAAGGGGGGUGAAUGGAAAAUACGGAGAGGAAGGCGCUGCUGGUCCAGCUGGUCCAGCUGAAAGAGGGGAGAGCAGGGACCACAGGGACUGCAUGGUUUCCAGGGUUUGCCAGGACUGCCAGGACCACCUGGAGAGUCAGGAAAACCAGGUGUUGAGGGUCUCGCUGGAGAAGCUGGUGCUGGUGGAGGGAGAAAGAGGCCCUCCAGGAGAGAGAGGGGAAAUCGGGGCCAAUGGGCUGCAGGGAACCAAAGGUAGUCCAGGUGGACCAGGACUAGAUGGGCCAAAGGUAUUGGUAGCAUUGGUCCAAAGGGUACUGUUGGAGAGGCGGGAGGCCCAGGACUUCAGGGGAUGCCAGGAGAGAGAGGCACAUCUGGACCUUCAGGCCCAAAGGGAGAUGCAGGUUUUGCUGGAGAGGGCGGACUGGAGGGGAAAGUCGGAGCUGACGGUGCACGGGGGCUUCCUGGUUCUGUUGGACCUGCUGGUUCUGGUGGACCCAAUGGAGAGAAGGGUGAAACCGGCCCACCAGGGCCUGCAGGACGCCGAGGCACAAGAGGAAUCGCUGUCAGGUUCUACUGGUGACACUGGUCCUACUGGUGCCGUUGGCUUCCCUGGACCUGCUGGUCCUGAUGGUCAACCUGGGGUCAAAGGUGACACAGGUGAGGCAGGUCUGAAGGGAGAGGGAGGAGCACCUGGACCACAGGGAAUGGCUGGGAUAUCAGGAGGACAGGGGCCUUUUGGUGUGACUGGACUGAAAGGAGGCAGAGGAACACAGGGGGCAACAGGCUCUUCUGGUUUUCCUGGGCUGCCAGGAGGAGUUGGACCAGCUGGUUCUCAUGGUGCUGUUGGAGCAGAUGGGCCUAUUGGAGCUCCAGGAAAAUCGGGAGCUGCUGGGAUUAUUGGGGAGAAUGGAGCUCAAGGACGUCAAGGAGAGAGGGGAGCUUCAGGUGCACCGGGCAGCCCUGGAGAGAAGGCAGACUCUGGAGAGGACGGCCCUGGGGGUCCUGAUGGGCCUCCAGGACCUAAUGGUGCCGCAGGACAGCGAGGGAUCGUGGGUCAGCCUGGACUGAGAGGAGAGGCGGGCAUACUGGGACUGCCAGGUUCUGCUGGUCCAUCCGGAAAACCCGGAGCUCCCGGAGUUCAGGGCAGCACAGGGCCUGCUGGUAGAGUCGGUUUACUAGGAGCCACUGGGCCAAGAGGAGAUGCCGGCCCUGAGGGUAUCGCUGGAGCAGAGGGGCCUCCUGGGAAGGACGGUCUCGUAGGGGACAGGGGAAACGGGGGUAAUGCUGGCUCAGAGGGUCUGGCUGGUACUCCAGGGUCUCCAGGAACUGAGGGUCCUGUGGGAAUGAUAGGUGGUCCAGGACAGAGAGGCGAGAAUGGUGCCAUAGGCUCCCCUGGACCCCAAGGAGCAGCUGGAGUACGGGGGAAAGUGGGCCCUCAAGGACCACAGGGAGAGAAAGGAGCUGCUGGAGAACAAGGAGAGAGGGGUCAGAAAGGACACAGAGGUUUCACCGGGCUCCACGGUUUGCCAGGAAUAACUGGCGCCACAGGGGAUGAAGGAGCGACAGGUAUUGUUGGACCAGCUGGGCCGAGGGGUCCUCCAGGAGUGGCGGGUCCUCCAGGAAAGGAAGGAAACAUCGGUCAGCCCGGACCAAUGGGUGCUCCUGGAAGCAGAGGUUCCAGUGGGGACAUCGGGGCACAGGGUCCACCUGGGAAUGCGGGUCAGUCCGGCCCUCCAGGCCCCCCUGGACCUCCCACCUCGGCUCUGGAUGACCUCUUUGCUGCCCUUUACGAUUACGACGGGAACGGCCACGUGCCAGAAGCCGUGGAGUUCGUCGAGGACGAUGUGGCUGCCGAUCAUCCUCCUCUUCCAGAGAUCAAUAGAGAUGAAGCCCUCCCUAACAAGAAGUCGGCCAUCCUGCAUGCAGACACCGGAGUCCACGCCACACUGAAGACCCUCAGCGGACAUCUGCAAAACCUCCGCAGUCCUGAUGGUAGCAAGGUGAACCCAGCGAAAACCUGCCAGGACAUCAAACAGUGCUACCCUCAGAAAAAGAGCGGUGAGUACUGGAUUGAUCCAAAUCAAGGAAGCACAAAAGAUGCCAUCAAGGUCUACUGUGAUAUGGAAAAUGGUGAAACCUGCAUCUCCGCCAACCCGGCCAACAUUCCCCACAAAGCCUGGUGGACGAAAUCCAGUCCCAGCGCCAACAAACCCGUCUGGUUUGAAGCAGACAUGAACGGUGGAACUAAAUUCCACUAUGGAAAUACUGAGGAGCAGCCCAACGUGGUGGCGGUUCAGAUGAAGCUGUUGCAGCAUUUGUCCAAAGAGUCACACCAGAACAUCACCUACCACUGCAGGAACAGCGUGGCGUAUAACGACGAGAGGAGCACCAACCUGAAGAAAGCACUGCUCCUCAGAGGUUCCAACGGCCAGGAGCUGAGAGCGCAAGGAAACAUGCGCCUCCGGUACACCGUCCUCGAGGACAGCUGCACGAAAUCAAACGGAGAGUGGGGCAAGACGGUGCUUGAGUACAGGACUCAAACCUCUGCCAGGCUGCCUGUCGUGGACGUGGCCCCCAUGGACAUUGGAAAACCUGAUCAGGAGUUCGGCCUGGACAUCGGCCCUGUGUGCUUCUCAUAAAACAACACAAGUAACAUCAUCACCAGUAAAUUAAAGUAUAUGGACUCGUCUUUCUGUGAGCGUACAAGUCGAUGGAGGUUAGAUUCUUCGACAC